UUCAUAUUAUAUAUAUUCAUGCCAUUCAAGUAGAGAUUCCUUUAUUAGCAAACAAGCUAGAUUUUGCUUCACUAAACAAUGAAUUAUAUAAUACAACAAUGCCAGUGACUUUCUUCCUUUGAUUGUUUUUGGUUUCUCUUUUAGUUUAGAAUUACAUUGCAUAUACAUUUCAAUGGUGCUUGCUUUACUAACAUAAGCAAAGUUGGCAUGGUUUGUAUAAUGAAAGGGAAGAGAAGGAAGGUAUAAGAAGCUUGUUUUCCAUCAUUGUCUUGAGUUUCCAUGCUUCUCAACAAUAUAGUCAAGCUAUGUACUGAUACUUCUUCUAAAAAAUGCUAGCUUUUGUGAGGAAAGAGAUGUCUGUGAUGCUUGCAAGCUUUAUGGUACUUUUACUGCCUUCUUUGGCUGCUUCAUCUGUGCAUAAUAACCACACAAACAUUCAGCAGAAUCCUCUAAAGUUGAAUUCACAACUCUCCUUCCAAAUCAUAUUCCAUGCUUUUCUACUUUGGGCUUCAUUGGGAUUCUUGAUGCCUGUUGGAACACUUGUGAUCAGAAUGUCUAACACAGUGAAAUGUGGGAAAAAGCUCAAGGCUCUGUACUAUUGCCAUGUUAUUUUGCAGAUUACUGCUGUAUUUCUAGCUCUUGCUGCGGUGAUUUUAUCGAUAAUUCACUUCGAGAACUUUUUCAACAACACUCAUCAGAGAAUAGGCUUAGCACUCUAUGUCCUCAUAGUGAUCCAACCUUUGGUUGGCUUCUUUAGACCUCAAAGAGGAGUGAAGUUUAGGAGAUUGUGGUACUUUGUACACUGGAUUCUUGGCAAUGGGGUUUGUAUUGUGGGAAUCAUAAACAUCUACAUUGGCUUGCAUGCUUUUCAUGCAAGAGCUUCAAAAAAUGUGAGGCUUUGGACAAUUCUAUUCACUGUUGAAGUAUGCAUAAUUGCAUUCAUUUAUCUGCUGCAAGACAGAUGGAAUUAUAUGCAGAAACAAGGAGUGAUUCUGGGAAAUGAGCAAAUCACACCAACUGAUCAUUCACCUCAAAAUAUUCAGAAAGAUCAUGAAGCUGAGAUUCCUUAAUGAUUAAUUCAUCCAAAACUAACAUUGUUUGGUUUUCAUUGGAUAUAAAAUACAGAUUGGAUUUUUGAUAUCCUUUUAUAUAUAUAUAUAUAUAUAUAUACAUAUAGAUGGUGAAGGUAGAGAUUUUAGUUGGAGUGGCUUGAGUUGGUUUGUAUUUUAUAUAUAUAUAUAUAUAUAUAUAUUGAUAUAUGUAGUUUAGAUUUUAAUUUUGAUGAAGGAUGAUUAUAUAAGAAUACA